CAUUGUAACAACAGAAUUGAAAGAUGCGUUACCGUUUUAUGCAAAUAAUUAAAAUAUGACUUCAUAUGAAGAAGUUAAUUCAUAUUUAGCUAGACGAGAGAUUCCGCAGCUUUUUGAAAGCAUGAUGGUUGGUCUCAUGUUUCACAGACCUGGUGAUCACAUACAAUUUUUGCAGCAGUGCUUGUCGAAAAUUAGAACUGGUGAGGUAAAGAGGUGCUACUGGAAUUCAUUUAUUUCUCGCCUACAUCCCCGGUUAAGGACGUUGCAACCAUUAUCUUCAUGUAGUCAGAAUAAUUUGUAUGAGGUUUCUGAACAAGGUGUUUCUUUAUCUCGAAUGAACAAGGUCCCCAGAAAGGAUAGUGCAUUUGGUAAAGCACUCACUUCUUUUACUAAUGAUGUAAAUAGGUACAGUGAUGACUUGCACAAAGAAACGUGCUAUUCAGGAGCACCCCUAGAUUUUUCAGUGAUUUUUAUUUUAGGGGUUGCUCAUUCCGAAAUCGAAGAUCUCUGUCGGGAAGUAUCGGACAAGCAAGAUACCAUCAUACAUGUCUCAGCGUAUUCAAUACUUAAGCGUCAAACGACUGUGGAAGAUUUUUCAAAUAUCACCUUGGUUCCUUGUUGUUCUGUUAUAGAUCAACUUCAAAACAGAUUAGUUGCUUGUAAGGAAAAUAGAGUGGUACUUAUUACAGGUUUUCCACGGAACAAAAGUGAUAUUUUGGAAUGUGAGUCACAGCAAUGUCUAAAAAGUGUAAUUCGUGGUGUUAUCUCUUUAGAUUUUGAAGAAGAAUACUUACGGAAAAUUCUUCAAACUGAUAUAGAUUCCGGUCUUCUUCAAGCUGUUGAUGCUGAGUUACAAAGAUUUGAAGAAAAAAUGUUUCCUGUUAUAGAAUAUUAUGAAAACCAAGGCACAUUUGUAAGAAUAAACUGUACAACUCAACGCGAUGAUAAUAUUAGCAGCUUGAUUUCAGCCAUUAAAAGUCUCAGCUCCCAAGAAAUUCAGCGCAAGAUUGAUAAGAGUAUAGUGGAAAACAAAACUGACGUACAAGAUUCAUCUUCUUCUCAUGUUGAAAAAGAGAGCCUUGGUUCUAGACAUUUUGAAGAAUUCAAAAAGCCAAUCAUUUUUGUGAUCGGGGGUCCAGGUUCUGGGAAAGGAACACAAUGUGUAAAAAUAUCUGAAAAAUACGGUUUCGUUCAUUUAGCUACUGGAGACUUAUUACGCCAUGAAAUAAAAUCAGGCUCUUCAACAGGUCAGAUUAUAGAAAAAAAUAUAAAGAAUGGAGAAUUGGUGUCUUCAGAACUUGUUUUGAGUCUUCUUAAAAAAGCAAUGGAGGAGCAUAUUAAUCUGUCCAUAUGCAAAGGUAUUUUAUUGGAUGGUUUUCCUCGCGAAAUUGAACAGGCCAAGUUAUUUGAAAUCACUGUUGCCGAAUGUAGUAUGGUACUCUACUUUGAAAUUUCAGAUGAGACAAUGAUGAAGAGAUUGAUGAAACGCGGUGAAACAAGUGGAAGAGUGGAUGAUAAUGAAGAGACAAUAAAAAAAAGAAUACAGAACUUUCAUUGGAAAACAGAACCGGUCCUUGAAUUUUAUCAAGAAAAAACAGUAAAAAAAUCAGCGGAAGAAAAUCCCGAUGAUUUAUUUAUUGAGGUCGAGAAAGUAUUGGACCAAUUCAUUGUUAAUUUUGAAGUAAGAAAAAUUCAAAAAGAGCUGUUUCCAGAUCCAAUUGAUAUUUCUCCUUUGCGCAAGGAACAUCAUCUUGUAUUUUUUGUCAUUGGAGGUCCAGGAUCAGGAAAAAGAACACAGUGUGCACUUUUGGCCAGAAAGUAUAACUUUAGUCAUAUUUCUAUUGGUGACCUCUUGAGAGAAGAAAUUUGCUUUGGAUCACCAAGAGCACAGUAUUUGGAAGAGAAAGUCACAGGAGGACAAAAUAUACCUCAUGAAAUUGUACUUCAUAUUUUGAAAGAAACUAUGUUAUGCCAACUUUCUUUUACCAAGGGAUUUAUCCUUGAUGGAUUUCCAGAGGAUGUUGAUCAAGCAAAGAUGUUCGAAUCUGAAGUCGUUGAAGGUUCCAUAAUUAUUUAUUUCAAAGUUUCUGAAGAAACCAUGAAAACAAGAUUAAAGAAAAAAUCAAAAGAAAGUGGAAGAACAUACGAAAACGAAACAACUGAAAAAAGUAUAGAAGGUUUCCAAAAACAAAUCUUAUCUAUUCUUAACUAUUUUGGGACCAAGGUAAAAAUUGUAUUAGCAGAAACCACUCCAGAGAUAGUAUUUUUCGAACUGUGUAAAAUUUUUGAUGAAAUAGCAAAUCGCGACAGUUUGAUACAUAGUUAAAGGGGAAAAAAGUCCGAGUUUAAACUAAACUUUAUUCGGAGUAUUUUAGUAUAACUUGUACAACCGGCUUUGUGAUGAAUUGAAGUGUCAGUGUUGUUUGAUAACGUGUUAUUUAACACAUGGUAUUUAGUGAGUUUUGAAUAUUGUAUUAUACUAUAUUAGAGAGUACUUGCAUUAACAGUAUUUAGAUUGCAUUAAUUGUUAUUUGAAAAAUGUAUUUAUGCACGGUUAACAAGAAAGUAAUUAUGUUGUUUUUAAUAAGCCUUUCCCUUUACUUUAACCCGUGUUCCAUACUUUUUCAAGUACUAUAGCAAUAGAUUUGUUGAAGUGUGCAUUCUUUCAAAAUAUGUAAUAUGAUGAAAAAAAACUUACGCCUCUUCCCCAAGACCAUAUCCCUGCGCCUCCCCACUUUCAGAAUCGAAUAGACUCCACAGAAUAUAUAUAUAUAUAACAUGAUCUGAAUUAUCUUUUAUGGCCAACAAUAUCUCAUCUCUUAUAGUUGAAGGCCUGGCAUGGCCAAGUGGCUAUGGAGCUCGACUCUCAAUAUGCGAGUCGCGGGUUAGAAUUCCUGUUCCACCAAAUAUGCUUUCAGCCGUGGGGGCGUUAUAAUGUGACGUCAACCCCACUAUUCGUUGAUAGAGAGUAGCCCAAGAGUUG